AUGGUAUUCGACAAGAACAUACGAAGUGUACUCUGCUUUGCUGCUGCAUCUAAAGCCUUCUACAUAGGCAUUGCGUACGUUGCAUAUGUUCUAUUUCCCCGGUUCGAUAAGUCUACAGAACUUAUCCCAACCAGCUCGUGCCUGAAGUUCCUUCUCUCAUGGGAUGCUAUCCAUUUUUUAGAAAUCAUGCAAAAGGGAUAUAGGAAAGCUCAUGUGGUUGCGUUCUUCCCUCUUCUUCCAUACAUGUCCCGUAUUAUCGCAAGGCUACUUCCUAUCGGACCAUACACAACAGGUGUCCUUGUGUCAUGCACAACCUCUAUCCUGAGCUCUGCACUACUCUACAUAAUCACCCAAAGAAGAUAUGGAAGCAGGAUAGCAAGAAUGAGCUGCAUUCUAUUCAUAUUUAAUCCUGCAGCAAUUGUGUACACUGCAAUGUAUUCUGAACCUUUAUUUAUGCUAACCUUUCUUCUUGGAAUGUACUUUCUUGAGAAUAACAGUAUUGCCCACGGGACGUUGUUUUUGUCCUUAUCUGGGUUGUGCAGAUCUAAUGCAAUUCUGUUUGCUCCGUUCAUCAUGUAUCCAUUCAACCGAAAGCUCUUGGUAAGAUUGAUCAUAUUCUUACUUCCGCUUGGGAUGUUCCAAUAUUACACUCUGCUCAUCAUCAACAGGGCCAACAACACAUAUAGAAUCUUCAUACCAUAUUCCCACAUACAGAAGACUCUCUGGGAACAGGGAUUUCUCAGGUUUUUCACUGUCAAGAACAUUCCAAAUGUCCUUGUCGGGCUUCCGUUCAUCCUGAUUUCUCUAUAUAUUCUCCGAGAGUAUUGGAACGAGAGGACCACACUCAAUCUAAAGGCACAUAUGAACUCCCAAAGAUUCAAUACAGACAUGUGUGCUUUAGUGCUUUUGGCCCAAACUCUCAUUACGAUAUUCCUGAUUCAUUGGAAUAUGUAUUUCAGAUUCAUUUCAUUCAAUCCUUUAAUAUACUGGACAUUGGCAAGAAAGUACUACACAGUCCAGAAUGGACUCUGGAAAAAAGUGCUGUUCAGGUUUUACUUUGCAUUUGGGAUAGCAUAUGCAAUACUUUUCGGAUGCUUCUAUCCGCCAUGCUAA